AUAACAUAAUUUUCCGUACCUUUUUGGCAGAAGGAACCGCUUUUGGCAAAAUGUGCAAGUGCUAUUAUUUGUUCAGCGUUCUUUUCUAGUUAUUUGGCAUCCUAUCGCGUCCGCGACGAUCUAUGAAAACAACAGUCGCUGCGGCUCGGAAACCAGUACAGAAAAGAACAGCGUACUACAAUUUAUUUUACUAUUUUCUGGUAUGACGGUCUCUGGUAUGCUGGUGGCGUCAUUCCCAGUGGCGCCCCGAGGCGCCCCUAGCGGCAUACCUUUCGAACGAUUGUGCACAAAUGUUCCAUAGCGAAGUGCCCAUUCUGUCAUUAAAAUUCAAUGCGAUUCCGAACUAAGUGCAGUUUGAACCCCGUUGUCAUGCAAUAUUUUAAUUGAACAUAUUUCCAAUAAUUUAGCUUUGGAGGAGCGAGUGGUGAGUCUGCGGGCCGCGCCGAGGGGCCGGUGCCUGCAUGUACGUCUCUCUCUCUCGCACCUAAACGGAAAGUCCCAGGAGUGAGACGGCACUCGGACCGCUGUCCCCGUGCUGCGGAGGAAACCGAAGCUCGCGCCGAAUGCGCCCCGAAGGCACCCGAAUCGGGACCACGAGGACCACGAGGAGCCCCCUACCCCGCCCCUCCUCGCCCCUCGCCUUCUGGGCCCAGCUCUAGGCUCACUCGGCGCGCGGCUAGGCGUGGGGUUGUCGAGGCCCCGGGCGCGUUGGGGGAGGGUGGGGUGGGGGGAAAGCCAACCCCUACCGCAAGUCUCCUCGUCGUCGGGUCUCCGCUGGGGCUCGGGUCCAGGCGGCGGCAGCGUCGUCAGUGCAGCCCCAGCCGCAGCCCUGGCCAAGUGCAGGCAACCUCGACGAACAGUCACACCGGUAUAAGCACGCGCCCCGCGCCCGGUGCCCCUUGCCCAGCCGUGCCCCAGUGCUACUGCAGCGCGUACAGUGACAUCGACAUAACAGUACGAGUGACGGUGAAGAGGACAAACUCGACGACCACAUCCGCACAAGGGGAAAGCUGCAUCAAGUCUCCCCGGUGUACUCCUAACGCCGCAGAGUCUGGGACGAUGGUGAAACGGAAGGGCACUGACUCCUCGCUAUUGAAGAAGAAACGCGCCAAGCGGCCGAAAGCCGACCAAACAGGACCCGAGGGCAGACUUGGCCGCCGCCGGGGACCCCAAUAUCGGACUUGUUGGCUUGUGACCUGCAAGCAAGAGCAUGGUGACGACCUCAAGUUUGUCCUGCCGGAGCGGUACAUCACCAUUUUACCACAAGAGGGACUGAGUUGCGGCGCGGAGGUCGUCGCGAAGGUACCCAUUUCGCCCAGCGUCGAAGUGGGGAGCAUACAAGAGAUCGGAUUGUACCGGCAUUUCUGCCUAAAUUUGGACGUCGGCGAACAGACGGAAGACAAGGAAGUCACGUGGACUGAGUGGACGGUGGUGCUUCACUCGGGCCCCUUUGUAAAUUACUCGACGGCCGAAGGUGAGCUGAAAGCCGGAACCUCCGACAACACACAUGUCAGUUCGGACGCCGAUAGUACUAGCAGCAGCUCUUCUGGCAGCGACGACGAGGACGAGGACGAGGAAGAUGACGAGGAUGAUGGCAGCGGGGCGGCGGGCUCAAGCUGUCUACAGGGAAAUAACGGCAUGGGGCCGGUCAACGUCAACUUCGUUUGUGGUGGGUCCACGGUGGCGCAGUCGGGGGCCGUGGUUGCGACUGGACGCGGGAACACCAUAACCACGAUGCAGGCGGCUACUCCGGUUGAGGGGCCGGGGGGGCCGCCGCCGCCACCCGCGCACGCGCCCAGGGAGAGCCCACGUGGCGAGGACGAGCCGUCAUGGGGGGGCACUAUGAGGUGCCCGGAGUGCCACAGGCAGGCACCUGCGGCCAUGACCGCCAACAUGAAGGAGGCGACGGCGGUCAAGCUGAUUCACAAGAAAAUGAACGGCUUGGCGGAGCUCAAGGGGCACGCGUCACAGGCAGACGUCAACGCGUGGGUUGCGGCCACACUUGGUGCCCUGGUGCUGGGUGUUAGCAACAUGGAGACCCAGUUCGUCAACUCGCACAACGCCCUGGUCAAGCUGAUUUCAGAUGGAGUCCAGAGUAGCGGCGGGUCCCUUCUCUCCACCACAACAAGAGUGCCCAGCAGGUUGGCCUCACUUUUGGGAUUCGCACCCGCGGCCAAGACGAUGCGGCAGGCCAUGUUGCUGGAAAAGCUGUUGGAGCGGCCCGAGGUGGAGGCCGCGUACCGGGAGGAGGCUGCCUUCAAAACCGGCAAAACCGUGAGGGAGGCUGCCGUGCGCCUGGUGAAUUGGGUCUUCGACCUGCAGGUGCAGCGCCAGAUGAAUUACUCUGGGACAAUAUUCACGCCCAACGACAUCGCUGAAGGUGUCAACGUGAUCAUAGAUGCCAACGGUGAACCCAAAAGCCAUGCCAAUAAGAUCAGCGUGCGGGACUGCUUCCCCCAAUUUUUCAAAAUAACAUGUGAAGUGCUGGUCCACAUGAGGGGCUACGACGUGAACGCGAAGGUCGGCGAGUCGGUGGCGGAAUCAGAACUCAAGAAUGCCUUCUACAACACCAGGGACAAGCAGAAAACGUCCCAGGGCAUGGGGCGCGUCAGGGGCUCCUGCGCCACCAAGGAGAAGACCACCACCGACCCGGCUGCCGUGAGGUCUCAGCUUAUGGCGACGCUGCUGGGCGACACUGAGGCUUCGCCGACGACGCCACUCCAGAAUGCGCCGUCACCGGUGCCGGGCCCCAGACCUGCCUGGCACUCCGCUACGCCGGGGCCCCCGUCCUCGCAGGGCCGCCCGGUACGCCCCUCGUUCAACUCUGCUAGGUUCAACACUGCAACACCACGGGGACCGUCCGCGGGCGCUGCGCCGUUGUCCUCGUUCUCGCAUGGUCAAUCGCCUCCUGCGCCACGCACAUGGGGAUCGUCCACCGCCAUGAACUCCAACGCUGCGGCGGGGCAGAGCUCGUUGCCGCAGUUCCGUCCACCUGCACCACGAAUCACUCCCCACAUAUCAGGACCGCAGGCCAGGCCGGGGCUGUUCUCGAACCCCCGCUUCCCUACCUCUCUGAACUCACAGUUCAGCGGUCAUCCACCAUCGGUACUUUCAGACGGCAUGCUGACCAUUGGGGGGGGGGAAGAAAUGCGUGGUCGUGGACGCACCGUGCAGCGUGGAGCCAGAGCGUAUCUGCGGGAAGAAGAGGAAGAAGAUGAGGAGGAGAAUGAAGAUGAUGAAGAGGAGGAAGAAGAAGGUGCUCGUGGGACACUACCAGAGGGUUUUCAACCUUUUGUCCAGCUGGUUGGUCAACUUCUGGCCGCUAAAAAUCCUCAAGCAUUUCGAGUCCCAGAGUAUGAUGGAACUUUGUGCUAUACCAUGUUCCGAGCACAGUUUGUGGCCUUGACAUCAGGAUUGACCAGAGAAGAACAAGGUAGUCGGUUGCUUGGAGCCCUUCGAGGAAGAGCCCUGCCCUAG